AGGUACCCACUAGCCAGUACCAAUGCCCAGAGGUGCCUGCCAGCCAGCACCAAGACCCAGAGGUGCCAGCCCAGCAUUGCCCAGAGGUGUCCGCCAGCCAGCCCAGCAUUGCUUGCCAGGUACGCAUUGAAUAAUGGCAGAUAGUACCAAAAAAAGCCGUAUAUCAAUUACUUUGGAUAUGAAGGCUAAAAUUAUUAAGUUGUAUGAUGAAGGUGUAACUCAAGCUGAAAUAGGCCGAAGGCUAGGCUACACUCGGACUACAGUUAACACCGUCAUAAAAAACAGAGAAAAACUUCUUGCAGAAAUUAAGAGUGCUACACCUGUUAACACAACAACAAUUCGAAAAAGAGAUAGCAUUGUUGCAGACAUGGAGAGACUCUUAAUACUUUGGAUAGAAAAUCAGACUACACGUCAUGUUCCUGUCAACCAGGCAAUUAUACAAACUAAAGCCUUAAGUCUAUUCAAUGACCUGAAGGCUAAGAAAGGUGAGACAGCAAAGGAUGCAGAAUUUUCUGCAAGCCGUGGAUGGUUUGAUAGGUUCAAGAAAAGGUCUAACCUACAUAACAUUAAAAUACAAGGAGAGGCAGCUGCUGCAGAUCAUAAGGCUGCAGAAAGCUAUCCAAGCGAGCUUGCCAAAAUUAUUCAAGAUGGAGGCUACUCCAUGGAUCAGAUUUUUAAUGUGGAUGAGACUGGUCUAUUCUGGAAGAAGAUGCCUGCAAGAACCUUUAUCGCAAUACAGGAAAGAUCAAUGCCAGGCUACAAGCCAGCUAAAGAUAGAAUAACCCUUCUGUUAGGUGGCAAUGCUUCUGGUACCUUAAAGCUAAAGCCUUUGCUAAUUUACAGAUGGGAAAAUCCAAGAGCUUUGAAGAACUACGUUAAAACUAGGCUUCCAUUGCAUUGGAGAGCUAACAAAAAAGCAUGGGUUACUGCAGCCCUUUUUGAAGAUUGGUUUGACACCUGCUUUGUUCCAGAGGUGAAAGCCUAUUGCAAGGACAACAAUAUCCCUUUCCACAUUUUGCUGCUUGUUGAUAAUGCCCCUGGACACCCUCGAACACUAGAUGAGCUGAACCCUAACAUUCGAGUGCAGUUCCUACCACCAAAUACUACCUCACUACUGCAGCCAAUAGAUCAAUGCGUCAUUGCCGCCUUCAAGUUAAACUACUUAAAAAGAACAUUCAGUAAGUGUAUUGCAGCAAUAGACAAAGAAGAAGGAGAAGGUAAAGAAGUCCUAUCCAAAUUCUGGAAAAGCUACAACAUCUUGGAUUGCAUUAAAACUAUAAGAGAUGCUUGGAAUGACAUAAAGGAAACCACAAUGAAAAGGGCCUGGAAAAAAUUAUGCCCACAGUUAGUUGAUGAUUCAGAAGGCUGUGAAGACCAUGUAGCUACUGUUACUGAAAAUAUUGUAGAUAUGGCAAGGCAGUUAGAGCUGGAGGUGGAGCCAGAAGAUGUUGCUGAACUGCUUGCGUCCCACACAGAGUCCCUCAGCAAUGAAGAUCUUCUAGAACUUGAAGAGGAGAGAGAAGAAGAUGUGCAGGAUGGGGUUGAGAUCAUUGAUCAUCAGCCUGAAGGUUUAACAACAAAAAUUCUCUUUGAAGCUUUCCGUCAUCUUGAUAGCGCCAUGGCUCUAUUUGAAAAGCAUGAUAGGGAUUUUGAAAGAAGUUCCAAAGUCAAUGCUAACAUCUCAGGGGCUUAUGCCUGUUACAAAGAAAUCUACAGGGAGAAAAAGAGAGCUACACUUCAAACCUCCAGCACGCGGAUCAUCAUCAACUGACAGUCUGUUUCCAGCUCUGACAUCACCACCGUGUCCUGCUCCUAUUGCUACUUGUAGUACACCCAAUUCUCCAGCAAGAAAGCGCCUCAUUUUUGAAGACUUGACUUGUGAAACAGAAGAUACCUGCAUAACUGACAGUCCAUUUCCAGCUCUGACAUCACCAUCAAGUCCUGCUCCUACUCUGAUUUCUUCUUGUAGUACACCCAUUUCGCCAGCAAGAAAGCGUCUCGCCUUUGAAGAUUUGACUAGUGAAACAGAAGAUACCUGUAUGCCUUCACCCUUCCUACCACAAUGAAUUAUCUCAGCUGCUCUGGCUUGCAACAACAAUGAGAUGGGGUAAGCUUACAAUUUUUAUUUGAAUAUUGUGUUUAUUUUAGUUAUCAAUGCAUUAUUCAUAUCAGUUAUGCUUGUAAAUGACUAUUGCAAUGCAGUGCACACAUUUAGAAGUGAAAAAAGGUAUUGCUUCACUUUAAGUACAUUUUCGCUUUACAUACAUGCCCCGGUCCCAUUGUGUACGUAAAAGCGGGGUA